CAAACUUACAUUGAGUCUAAAAAUGAUGGGGGAUGAUCCCAUGACCAAUUUUUUCCUGAACUUGUAAAAUGCGGCGAAAAUAGCAAUAAUGAGAGGAUUUGUGGUUGUCAACAAGAUAAACGACGUAUUCUACCUGGAUUGCGACACAGAGUUUACAAACCACAUCAAUGCACAAGCUGUAGAACAAGGUUUACUCGAGGCUGGUAACUAUGACACAAAAAUUCUGGACCCAAGCAUGGUCAUGCAGUUGUUUUCACCGCUGUUUAUGUCUCAGUGGUUUCUCAUUGAGCAAAGAAAGAACCCAUGUACAUCGAUCACAUGUGAAAAUGGAUUUAUAUUUGUUUUCAAACAGUUGGAGGAUUUGUUGAUUGUUGCAAUCAGCAGAGAGAAACCAGACACAGAACAGUUCUUAAGUAAGAAGAUUGGUGUGUUUAUACGUGUUGUUGAAUUUCUAUUUGGACCAGUUACAAAUGAAAUGGGCUACAGUGUCUUCUGCAGAAGAAGCGACAGGUGGACAUUUUUACAAAAUCUAAUGAAAACCUGGGAACUGUUGAGAAAGGAGGAACAUUCCUUUCUUGUUGAGGCAAUAGAGAGACUGCAUGUAAAUCAACUUGUAAAUGAAAAAUGUAUGGAAAGUUUGGAGUAUGCCAUGAGCCGGUUACAGAGUGCUGGAGAGAAAAACAUCCAUCAUGCAUUGCUGGUUGUCAACAGCAAACUGUUAUCCCUUUACUCAAAUCGAAAUGCACCAUCAUUAGCUGAGUCCGAUGUUUUAUGCACCAUCUUGUUGGCACGUCUGUUAUUUCCCACCAAUGAGAAGUUAGAGGAUUUGUUUUCUUAUCGUAAGCCAGACGACAGUGGGUCUACUACGGAGGAAAUGAAAUCGCCUGCUUCCAUUACAGUAACGCCACCUCUUGAGAGAUAUGAAAGCGCUGUAGAGGGAGAUGACUCAUUGGAUGAAGACAAUUACCUAAGUGCAACAGAAACUAUAACUAAAACAAAGUUGCCAGAGAGCCCUUAUCCUGCUGUCUCAGAACAUGUCACUGAGGAGGAGACACCCACAGCAGAACCUAAGGGGACCGACAUGAUGGGGGAGGGAUUCGCUACCCCCGAUUCUGCCUCACCUGUCACAGACAUCCAUAAGCAGCUGAUAAAAGACAAUACGGGGAGACUGACACCUGUGGGUAGAAGUCGUAGUCGGACUUUUGAUGGAAUGAUAACUGGGCGGGUCACCCCGGGGCCGGGCAGGGCCAGGAGUAGGAGUCUGAAUGUGGACCAGCAAGGGCAGAGAGCAGACAUGCCAUCAAUUCAACGAAGUUCCUCCCCACUGCCAAAAGGGGAGCCCAUCCAGCCUGUGUCCCCAGUAAUCCGCUCCAGUCCGGAUCACAUCCGUCAGACGGCCUUCCUGUCCACCCAACUAUGCAACUUCUACCCUUAUCAACUAGAUUUUGUCCAGAUAUUCCCUGGCAUGGUCAUAGUUCUGCUGAGUGAGAUACCCAGAGCCAACCAUGCUAGUAGUUUAUGUCAGUUGCUAAGGUUACUGACUGACCUCUUGUCAGGACAGAAAUCUCAAGUUCAGAGGGUUCAAGGACAUGUUCUGUAUGACCUAAUAAACACCCUUCUCGUCAAACUGGCGACAGCUAUGAAAAAAGCUAAGGGCAACAUUGAGAGAAUUUUAGAGGACAUACGGAAGAGAUGGGAUAAUGCUGAGUUCAAAUCUUCUCUGCUGUCUUAUCUAGAGCAAGGGGCAGGGACAGAGAUCCCACCUGGUGCAGAGAGAUCUUUGACUGGCCUCCAUAGGAAGGUGAAGGAGUUAUUCCUACAUCUGUACCUUUAUCCUUAUGACAUUCCACCAGCUGUCAGUCAGGCCAUGACCUCAAUAUGUGAAAAAGCCAAGGUCAAAUUGUUUGACUACAAGGACUACCUGUCUGUGAAGUCACAAAGAAAUAUUGUGAUGACCUCAUACCUUGAUGCCUUCCCUGGACUGGUUCACUUUAUUUACAUAGACAGGAGAACCAAUCAAUUGACAGCUCCCUCCCUCAACAUCACUGCUGAGGGAGAAAAUCAUGAUGCCACCCAGUUUUUAAAAGACAAAAUUUGGAAUAUGACAUGUUGGGUGUAUGGAAAACUUGCAGAAGGGGUUACAGUGGCGACUGCUAGGGAAGGAGAUUACCAUUACUCAUAUUUCAUGUGGUUCACAGACUACCAGGGAGCGCCAAAACAAAUCCAAGAGGCGUACCAGGAGGGGGACAUCAGCAUUCCGCCAGGCAUUUUGUCUGGACAGUUUUACAGCUCGCUGAAGAGACACUGUUUUCCAAACUGUCUUCCUGGUUCUGUGAAUUGUUAUGAACUAAUCAUGAUGCAUGUAGGACUGGUCAAUGUGCAAUAUAUUUUUACUCACCGACAGAUGCUGGCCAAACAAUUCUUUGAAGCAUCUGGAGACACACAAAUGAAUUUAGUGCUGUAGUUCAUGUGCUUGUAUGUAUGUAAAUUUAAUUAUACCUUUUCCGGAAUAAAUGUUAUAUACAGAAAGUAACAAGAUUAAUUACAUUAAGUUUC